UGGUACAAGAUUAAAAAGUUAAGAAAAAUUAAGAAAGCAUUUAAAGUUUUUAACAAAACAAAAAAAUAAAAAUAAAACUAUAAAAUAAUUAAGAGUAACUUUAAUUGAUAUUUAAUCUACGGAAAUUGCUUCUCUUUACAAGUCAAGGUCUGAUGAAGGCGGGACAGUCCCAGAAAUCAGUUGCCUAGAAACAAUGAAACAAAACAGAUGACUGUGCAAUAACCCCGACCAAAGACGCUUCCGACUCGACUGAUACAAUAGCCAUACUAGUCUGAAUCAAAUGCGACAUGGAAAAACACUUAAAACUUAGUUAUUUGCGGCUAUAACUCGGAUUUUGUAAAUAACGCUAAGAAGUUAACCAGCCAACGGCGACGUAGCGUAUCGCGAGAAAGUCCGAGAACAUGGAAACAAGACAACAAAAAUAAAUUUGUGGACAACAAGCCAGAGAGCAUGAUGGCGGCGUCGCUGCUGCGCCGGGACAAGAAAGCUACUGCCGCCCACUUGAAGGCAGACUUAAACAGGACUGACAAUAGCUCCGGAGUCCGACAACUUCAGGAGCUCCUCGACGCUGUGCUAAAUCCCGAAAAACCAGCGGCGGACACCGAAGCUAUUGACUGGUGUAAAUGUCUGAUUGCAGGAGGCGAAGGUUUCGAGGAGUUCUGCAAGACGGUCCGGUCCUAUGACAACGCGACUCUGUGCGGCUUGGUUUGGACGGCCAAUUUUGUAGCGUAUCGAUGCCGGACCUGUGGCAUCUCUCCGUGCAUGUCACUGUGCGCCGAGUGUUUUAAUAACGGAGACCAUACGGGCCAUGAUUUCAACAUGUUCAGGAGCCAGGCUGGCGGGGCCUGUGACUGUGGAGACAGUAAUGUCAUGCGAGAGAGUGGGUUUUGCAGACGGCAUCGGUUGAGAACUGGGGAAAAUAUCCCUUCAAUACCUCGAGACCUUCUCUUGAUGUCUGAGAUGGUUCUUCCCCGCUCGAUCCUGUGUAUCAUACAGUAUCUCAGAGAUGGAUAUGUCGAACCAGACACUUCAACUGAGAGAGAUCUACAGAAAGUCCUGCAACAGCUGGAGCCUCAGAUCUCAUUUUUGGAGGAGCUUACAAAGAUGGGAGGAGCAAUGAGGACUGUACUGACAAAGAUCUUGACCAAUCAGCAAACAUUCAAGGAGUUGAGCAUGGGCCAAGAGGAGAAUGUGUAUGCUAAAAAGAACUAUGACAAAUAUUUGUCAGCGUUGAAGAAUUCAGGUCUGGUGUCUGUGGAGGAGAAGGUGCAAGGUGCAACUGCUGAUCUCGCCGUUGGCGCUGAAGGAGGUGCAGGAGCCAUGAGCCUACUGGGAACCACUGGACCAGGAAGUCCAGACGAGUCAAGUAAAGAAGAGGAUCAAGAUGGAGGACAGUCUGUUGGUCAGAGGAAGAGGGUUAAGCUGAGCAGCAGUACCAAAGACUCGUGCAUUAUUGAAUCUCUAAAGCAUAAAUGUUUUCUGGAGGAGUUGUUGUUUUGGACGAUAAAAUACGAGUUUCCUCAGAAGAUGGUCACCUUCUUAUUGAACAUGUUGCCCGAUCAAGAUUACAAGAUCACAUUCACGAAAACAUUUGUUCAGCAUUACGCCUUCAUCAUGAAAACACUGAUGAAAAGCCACGAGUCGGAUACGAUGUCCAACCGCAUUGUACAUAUUAGCGUGCAGCUGUUCAGCAACGAGGAGCUGGCUCGACAUGUGACCGAGGAGUGUCAGCUGCUGGACAUCAUGGUCACCGUCCUCCUCUACAUGAUGGAGAGUUGCCUUAUUAAAAGUGAACUUCAGGAUGAAGAGAGCAGUCGUCACGUCGUGGUGAACUGCAGCGAAGCACUUUUGAAGAACAACACAUACUGGCCCCUAGUUAGUGAUUUUAUUAACAUCCUCUCGCACCAAAGUGUAGCCAAAAAGUUCCUGGAGGACCACUCGCUGUUGAUGCUGUGGAUGAGCUUCGUGUCAUUUUUCCAAGGCAUGAACCUGAAUAAACGGGAGCUCAAUGAACAUGUGGAAUUUGAGUCACAGACAUACUAUGCAGCAUUUGCAGCAGAGCUUGAGGCCUGUGCGCAGCCAAUGUGGGGUCUCCUAACGCACUGCAAAGUCAAAGAGACCCAGGAAUAUACGAAAACUGUGGUUCGCUACUGCUUGGAGACCUUGCAGAUCUGGUUUGAUGCCAUUGGCUUCAUUGAUGAGCCUGCUCCAAAUCAAGUGACAUUUCACCUGCCGCUCCACCGCUACUACGCCAUGUUCCUCAGUAAGGCUGUUAAAUGUCAAGGCCUGGAUCUGGACAGCCUCCUCCCCGACCAAGAGAUGCUGAUGAAGAUCAUGGUGCAUCCACUCCAAAUCCAGGCAUGUCUUUCAGAGAUCCACAGCAACAUGUGGGUCAGGAAUGGCCUGCAGAUUAAGGGACAGGCUAUGACGUAUGUCCAAUCGCACUUUUGCAACUCCAUGAUAGACCCAGACAUCUUCCUGCUCCAGGUUUGUGCAUCGAGGCUAGAUCCUGACUACUUUAUCUCAAGUGUUUUUGAGAGGUUUAAAGUGGUUGACCUGUUGACGAUGGCGUCGCAGCAUCAGAACGCUGUGCUCGACUCUGAGCAGGAGCGACCGAUGCUUGAAGGAGCGCUGACGUUUCUGGUCAUACUGACGAGCCUUCGCAUUCAUUUGGGAAUGACUGAUGACGAGAUCCUUCGGGCUGAGAUGGUCUCUCAGUUGUGUAUGAAUGACCGUACACACAGCGCGCUGUUAGACCUCAUUCCCGAGAAUCCCAACCCAAAGAGUGGCAUUGUGCCGGGAAGCUGUAGCUUUGAGGAGAUGCUCUCUGCCGUGGCUGACUUCAAAGCACCUGUGUUUGAGCCAGGAGGCUCCAUGCAGCAGGGCAUGUACACACCUAAAGCUGAGGUGUGGGAGAAGGAGUUUGAUCCCAUCAUGGUCGUCCUCAGAACAGUGUAUCGGCGUGACGUUCAGUCAGCAAUGGACAGAUACUCAGCGUUUUUGAAACAGUUUGGCAUCCACACUGGCAACCCGUGGCCACCGUACAAGGAAAGGACUCCCCUGCACCCUUGUUACAAAGGUCUAAUCAGGCUGUUGCACUGCAAGACACUGCACAUUGUGAUAUUCACCCUCCUUUACAAGAUAUGGAUGGAUCACCAGAACAUGUCUGAACAUGUGCUGUGCAUGGUGCUGUACCUCAUCGAGCUGGGCUUGGACAACCAGGUUCAAGACAACAAGGAAGAUGAGGAGCCUUGCAUUGAGGAGCACUGUCACGACAGCUGGUUCCCUGGCACCAAUCUCCUGUCCAAUCUCCACCACGUUAUCAACUUUGUGAGAGUUCGGGUUCCUGAGACGGCUCCUGAGGUGAAGAGAGAGACCCCUCCCAGCACCAGCACUGAGGCUUCCUCUUAUGGCCAGAACUCCAGGCGUCUUACAGGGAAUUGGAGAGAGAACCUACGUGAAGCCCAGGUGUUCAGCCUGGUGGCAGAGCGCAGGAGGAAGUUCCAGGAGAUCAUCAACCGAAGCAACACCGAAGCCGCCCAGGUUGUCCGGCCCAAGAGCUCGUCGACGCGCUGGGUCCCGCCGGGCACGCCCCCGCAGCUGGUGACCGAGAUCCUGGAGAUCCGAGAGAGCAUGCUGUCUCUUCUCAUCAAGCUCCACCAGAAGCUGUCGUCCAAGCAGAACUCUCUGUCGGCGUCCUGGCUAGAGGACAUGGACACGAGCCGGCACGCUCACGGAGACGGCAUCACGGCCAUUGAGCGCAUCCUCACUAAGGCGGCCACGCGCAGCUGCCAGAUCAAGCGUAGCAUCCAGGACAUUUGUGGAAAGGUGUGUCCUCCAGUGCCACCGAAGAAGAACAGUCCCACGGACAAGAAAGCCAUGGAUAAGGAGGAGAGGCGUCAGAGGGCUAGAGAGAGACAGCAGAAGCUGCUGGCUGAAUUCGCCUCCAGGCAGAAGAGCUUCAUGGAAACGGCCAUGGAUGUUGAAUCCCCGGACACUGAGGCAGCUAUGGAUCUAGGAGCAUCUGAAGUGAUGGAGUCGGAGGUUCUUUACGACUGCGUGAUUUGUGGCCAGAGCGGACCGUCCACUGAGGACCGGCCCACUGGCCUAGUGGUUCUCCUCCAGGCAUCCUCAGUGCUCGGGCACCGCUGCAAGAGCCAAGAUCCUAAGAAGCUUCCGACGACUGAUGAAGAGCACAUUUAUCCCGCGGACACGUGUGGAGUGGCUCAUGAUGUCAGGCUCACGCUAAUGCAACGGUUUUUCAAAGAUAGUUCUUGUCUUCAGUCUGUGUCGAUAGGCUGGGACGGAGGCGUCUACGUCCAGACCUGUGGACACACUUUGCAUAUAGAUUGCCACAAGUCGUACAUGGAGUCUCUGAGGAACGACCAGGUCCUUCAGGGUUUCUCCGUUGACAAGGGUGAAUUUACGUGCCCACUGUGUCGACAGUUUGCCAAUAGUGUCCUUCCCUGUCGCCCCGGGCGUGGCACAGAGGCCGGCACCUGGCACGCGCCCACCAACAAGAAGACUUCUGUGCUCGUGAAGGAGGUGGAAGAUCUUCAGGAGAAACUCGGCCUUUUCCCAACGGAGUCCAACUUGAGCAAAGAGAUGGAGUUGGUAAUCAAAGACAUCAAGAACACCACGCAGAAGAAAUACAUGGACUACGGAAAGAACCCCGGCUCCCCUGACAACGAUUUCCUCUUCAUGUAUUCAGUGGCAAGGACCAAUCUGGAGUUGGAACUUGUGCAUCGGGGAGGAAACUUGUGUUCUGGAGGAGCCAGUGCAGCUGCCAAACGCUCUUGUCUGAAUCAGCUGUUCCACGUGUUGGCGAUGCACAUGCGUCUGUACAGCAUCGAUUCAGCCUACAACCCCUGGACGAAGUUGACUCAGGCUUUGCAGAACAAAGAGGCAGAUGGCUUUGAGGAGGAGAGACCUGAAGUACCCAUGUUGUUUCGAGACGUGCCGUCCCUCCUGAUCAUCUUCGUGCUAACGAUGCCACAGCCUUUGCGUAAAGAGCACUUCACUUGUGUGGUGAAGAUGCUGUACAACCUGCAGUUCACACAGGCCCUGGCUGCGCUGUCCACCAAGUUCCGCCCGGAGGAAAGGCAGGCCUGGGGCACUUCUGGAGCACUUAAGAAGAACGCUGCGAACGCCGAGAAGUCUUUUGAAGCUCUGCUCAGUCAUGUCAUCAGUGAGCUGUCUAAGGACAAGAGUGUCUACCAGGUGAACGCUGAAGAAACGACGAUGCUGAGCUCCAGUGUGUGGUCCCCACAGUCUAUCGAGUUCAGCCUCCAGCAGUUCUGCCUCCCCUUCCUUCGCCUUUCCUGCCUUCUGCAGCACCACCUCUACGGAGACAAUCUACCCGGCUGCCUGGAGGAAGAGGAGUUCUCGUCCUUGGCCGGGUGCUUAGGGCUCUUACCCUCGACCCCUCAGCCGUCCAACAACGUGCACAGUGCCUCGUGUCUGGAGUGGGCGGUCAACGCCUUCGACUUGGUGACGCAGUGGUGCGCUGAGGUCACAGGGCUCUCUCAGAUGCACGCUGAGCAAUCGCUGACCUUGCUGGUACAGGAACCUCAAUGGGCAGCCCCCCGCCUCCUCCAGCUCCCCGACAACUACAAUAUCAUCUUCCAGUACUAUCACAGAAAGGCCUGCACUGCCUGCAAAAAGGUGCCAAAAGACCCUGCACUCUGCCUCGUUUGCGGCGCUUUUGUCUGUCUCAAAGGCCCGUGUUGCAAACAGCAGGGUAUCUGUGAAUGUGUUUUGCACUCCCAACAUUGUGGCGCAGCUACGGGCAUCUUUCUACUGAUUAACGCCUCAGUCAUAAUCAUCAUCCGUGGACAUCGUUUCUGUCUGUGGGGCUCUGUUUACCUCGAUGCUCAUGGAGAGGAGGACCGCGAUUUACGUCGUGGCAAACCUCUCUUCUUAUGUGAAGAGAGGUAUCGAGUGCUGGAGCAGCAGUGGGUUUCACACACCUUUGAUCACAUCAAUAAGCGUUGGGGGCCUCACUAUAAUGGACUCUAAGAUCUUCCAAAGUCCACUGAAAAAACCACCACCCAUGACGGAGAAGAUUUCUCUAUAUUUUUUUUUCCUGUUCCUUUUUCUUUCUUUUUUUUUUUCUGGCUUAUGUGUCUGCCUUGAUCAAAAUAUUCGGGAACUGUUAACGUGAUAAACACAAACAUCCGGUGAGGGUAUUGCUGCCACUGCCUUGGUUUAUGUGAAGUUUGAUGUACAGUCAUGCCUAAAGAUUAACACGUGUGUGUGUUCAAGUGAUUUAUCGUGUGGUUUUCAACAGGGAAAAAAAACAGAAGAUCAAAGGGAAAAAAAAAAGCACAACUUUGCCCAAGAAUUCGAUCAGUUUGGAACAGACUCCUAAAGUCUGUUUUAUUUAUUUGGGUUAAAAAAAAAUGAAAUAAAUACAUCUAAUAUAUCAAGUGCUGAAUGUCCCUGCAAGGUUUGAUUACUUUUUGCACCAUUUAUGAUGAUGUUAAUGCAUAUCCCUUUUAUUUAUCAGAAUGUGCUCUGCUGUGCUGGCAUGAGUUUCAAGCUCCUGAUGAGUGUAGCGAUGUUAUUGCAGUGUGCACUCAUUGUCCGCUGACACGUGAGGGUAGGCAGGACAAGUCCACCCAUCAACACACUAGAGUUUUUUUGCGAACAAGCAAAGACUCUUUUUAUGGGUCUAGUUGCAAUCCAUCCUCAGGAAUUUUUUUUGUUUGUUUCGUUUUUUUUUUUUUUUGCUGUUUAAGAUACGUUUUAGAUAUUUAAAUAAAUGCUGCUGCUCAUUGUUCAAGUAAGUAAUUUUAACUUUUUUGUGAAGAAUAUUUUUUUCUAAGGUUGUGCUUUGAGUUUACCAUAGAUGGCUGGGGGAACGAUGACUCGGACUCACUUUAAAGUUUAAGGAGGUAUGCGGUCUCCACAUUGCGCCUGCUGCAGCUCUUAUAGUCGCGCCCUUCCCGCCCUGUUUUUUUUUUGUUCGAAAAAGAAACUCGAGAGGCGACUUUAAGACGGCUCCGAUCGGCCGAUGAAUUAUCUAAGAUAUGUUGUUCCACUAAAAAAAAAAAAAAAAGAAGAAGAAGAAGAAGCUGGAAACAAACGUUUUUAAGUUCACGUCCCGACGUUUAACACCACGUGAGAGCAUCCGUUGUGUCAGAGCGUUCUCUCCACAUAUGAAACUGUGAGAACCUGCUCGUGAGAAGAAUCACGAGAACUUAUCAGUGAUCUUUAUGAUUUCAGAGAAGGUUUUUCCCUUAAUGCUUGUGAUUAUGAAGACUAUACAGACUGUCUCUUACUCCUGCAUCAUCUAGUGUGAUUGAUAGUUGCAUUCCAACAUUGCAAGAUUAUCAGACUUGAGUAUCUGUUAUACACUGUGCAUGACAUCCUUUACUGUUAUUUAAGUGUCUUAGCUACUUCAUUUUCUGAUUUUCAUCUGUUUAUUUCUGCAAGAGAGGAAUUUUUCAUUCAGUCGUGCCUGCCGGAUUACGUUUUUUUUUUUUUUUUUUUGAGUGAUGGGCAGCAAACAGCUGAUGUCCCUGAUGUGUGGUUUUGACAUGCUGGGCUGCGUCGCGCUGCGUUGAGGAUUCGUUAAUAAUGAGCAAGUCAACACUUGAAGAAGAAUAAAAAAAAAAAAAAACCUUCCUCCUCAGUUCAUGCAUGCUGCUUUUCUGUUUACGGAGUUUCUUCUUUAUUUUGCAAACCCCCACUUUGUAAAUGACCGCAACCAAAUAGCCAACGAGUAAUGGGUGUAAAUUGUAACUGAAAGCUUUUGUUGUGUUCUCCUGUAUGAAAUGAAGAGAGAAUACAGUACAUUACUGUAGGUGCUGACUCAAACUUUCUGAGUUUGACCAGAAAGUGUGACUUGGACAUUUAAUGCAACAUGUAACAUAUGUGAAUAAAAUAUAAGCACACUGA